UAUUAGUGUAAAGUGUAAAAUAAGUGUAAUCAACAUGUCUUACAAAAUUAUAAACUUAAUUGUCGUCCUUGUGAUUAUUGGCGCUACUCAUGGAAAACCUACCAUCUAUAGCUAUGAAAAUGCUACUUUACCUGAAGACUGCAAGAAGAAUUACUGCUUCUCGCGUUCCCAAUACUAUCCUACUGAACUCAUAGAUGACAUGCUCGUAGAACUAGACUACAAUAUGAACGAGGAUGACGAUUUUAUCACCAAAAGAAUUAGUGACAACGCCGACUCCGAGAAUGAUUGCGAGAAAAACAGCUAUUAUCAACCUGUCUACCAAAUAAUUGACGAGAACGAUCAAGUGCGGUACGUUAUACAAUCAAAGAAGUUCAAACAAGUCGUUCGAAUUGAAGAAUGCUUGUAUCCCGGACGUAUCACCUCUGACUCGAAGCAUUUUACUGAGACUGAACUCAAAUUUAUCCAUCUCGCUUGCGCUGAGACAUACCUCGACUAUGCCUUCUUGGUUCUGUCUCUAAAUGGCACCAAAAUGGAAAGCGUGAGGGCUAAAGGUGGUAUACCAGUAUACUGUGCUUGUAAACUUAUGAGCUUGUACUAGAAAUUAAAAGAUCAUUACGAGUCUGAUUCCCUGGUACAUAUUACGUUCCACAGUGAAGUGAUGAAAUACAGAAAGCAUAGAAAACACGACCUUCUGAUGCCACCAUUUUAUUCUAGUCAACGUGGGCGCCUAAAAAUAUAAGAAUAUAAGAUACCAUUUAUGAAAGAAAUGAAAAGACUUGACUGUAUUGUUCUCAUAAUCUUAUAUUUUUUAGUCCCAAAGCGUCCAAAUGCGUGUAUUUCUUUUAACAUAAACAGUUACCGAAGUACACCAGAUUUGCAAAUGCUGAACAGUAUUGUUCUGGCUAGAGAUAGCUGGAUAUGUAGCAAAAAAGAGAGGCUGUCCUUAAAUCGAGACGGAUGGUCAGAAUAGAAACAUCACAUGAGUGGAUAAAAAGAAAAUUAUUUAAUUGAUUUCGAAUUUAUUUAUAUUUAAAUAGUACCGAAGAGUAUUAGUCAACUAAAGACGUCCUUGUUUGAUUAAUAUUUGUAGAUUAAUAUAUUGACGUAAUAUUUACGUCAUAGGCACAUUUUAGUGUUAUAAAGGAAGUAAUCUGUACUGCGGUUUCCAUUUUUAAAAUAUGAAUACUACUUUAUAUGGACAGAGUAACGUAUUGUCAUUGUCACACAAUGCAUUAGUUUGUACAAGCAAAUUCAGCAACUAUGACUGUAUAGCAUAUUUCCUGCGUCAAUCCGUAGUCACGUAGAGUAAGAAUUUUUAAAUGAAUAAUUUUUUUAUUUGCGCCAUUGCAUCAUCGUAUAUCAAUAGUAUUUUAUGCGGGAAUGAGUCAUGUUAUUAUAAAUAUAUUAUAGGAAAAAAUAAUACUUAUUGAAAUAAUAAUAAUGUUUUGAGUAAUUGACUUAAAUUCUAAUAUGGCUAACAUUUCAGCUUUUUGACAGUAUUUUUUUUUCUCAUAAUGAUUGAUUCAAUAUCGCCAAUUGUCAUAAGAUGUAUUAAAAAUGCUUUUAUGGUUAAAAGUGUCAACAUAUUAAGGUAUUAUUUUCUAUUUGUUACUGCAGGCAGUUGCAAUGAACAUAGUAGAUAUAUAAUAUAUUAUAGA